CGGGGAGGGGCUCGCGGCGCCUGCGCAGAGCGGCGGCUUCUCUCGCGAGGACGGACGCCAUUAUCGCAUCUCCCCGACAAACACCACGAGAAUUCCGCAGCCCACACGACUGAACAACAUUUGCAAGAGCUGCCUAACUCGGUGAAGCAACAUUUUCCAGAUGGUCGAUGCGGGAUCAUGCCUGGGUGACCAAAAGCCAGCCCCACUGUGAGUUGAACUCUUUGGUGUUGACCGGCCACUCUCCUGUGCUCUGGAUGAUGUCGGAACACGACCUGGCCGAUGUGGUUCAGAUUGCAGUGGAAGACCUGAGCCCUGACCACCCAGGUACAGAGCUGUGGGACAUUGUUUUGGAGAAUCAUGUAGUGACAGAUGAAGAUGAACCUGCUUUGAAACGCCAGCGACUAGAAAUCAAUUGCCAGGAUCCAUCUAUAAAGUCAUUCCUGUAUUCCAUCAACCAGACAAUCUGCUUGCGGUUGGAUAGCAUUGAAGCCAAAUUGCAAGCCCUGGAGGCUACUUGUAAAUCCUUAGAAGAAAAGCUGGAUCUGGUCACGAACAAGCAGCACAGCCCCAUCCAGGUUCCCAUGGUGGCCGGCUCCCCUCUCGGGGCAACCCAGACGUGCAACAAAGUGCGAUGCGUCGUCCCCCAGACUACAGUAAUACUCAACAAUGAUCGGCAGAACGCCAUUGUAGCCAAGAUGGAAGACCCCUUGAGCAACAGGGCACCGGCUUCCCUGGAAAAUGUCAUUAGCAACGCUGUGCCUGGGCGUCGGCAGAACACCAUUGUGGUGAAGGUGCCGGGCCAAGAAGACAGCCACCACGAGGACGGGGAGAGCGGCUCGGAGGCCAGCGACUCUGUGUCCAGCUGUGGGCAGGCGGGCAGUCAGAGCAUCGGGAGCAACGUCACGCUCAUCACCCUGAACUCGGAAGAGGACUACCCCAAUGGCACCUGGCUGGGCGACGAGAACAACCCCGAGAUGCGGGUGCGCUGCGCCAUCAUCCCCUCCGACAUGCUGCACAUCAGCACCAACUGCCGCACGGCCGAGAAGAUGGCGCUCACGCUGCUGGACUACCUCUUCCACCGCGAGGUGCAGGCCGUGUCCAACCUCUCGGGGCAGGGCAAGCACGGGAAGAAGCAGCUGGACCCGCUCACCAUCUACGGCAUCCGGUGUCACCUUUUCUAUAAAUUUGGCAUCACAGAAUCCGACUGGUACCGAAUCAAGCAGAGCAUCGACUCCAAGUGCCGCACGGCGUGGCGGCGCAAGCAGCGGGGCCAGAGCCUGGCGGUCAAGAGCUUCUCGCGGAGAACGCCGAACUCAUCCUCCUACUGCCCCUCAGAGCCGAUGAUGAGUACCCCACCUCCUGCCAGCGAGCUCCCGCAGCCACAGCCGCAGCCGCAGGCCCUGCACUAUGCGCUGGCCAACGCACAGCAGGUGCAGAUCCACCAGAUCGGAGAAGACGGACAGGUGCAAGUAAUCCCACAGGGACACCUCCACAUCGCCCAGGUGCCACAGGGGGAGCAAGUCCAGAUCACGCAGGACAGCGAGGGCAACCUCCAGAUCCAUCACGUGGGGCAGGACGGUCAGAGUGACCAUUGGUUGAACACCCCAGUACGAAUGGUCUUUAAAAGAUGACGUGCUCCGACGGUGCGGGUCCUGGGGAGGGUGUUGCUGUGCAGGACAGAGCCCACUCGCUGGUGGUUUUGAGGCUGUGUGUUCCUAGGUCCUGGUGAAGACCCUUUCUGUUCAGGAGACGGCUGUUACCUCUGGAUCACUGAAGAAUCUGGGUGAUCUUCCCAUUUCAUAAAACAGAAGCUGGGAAGUUGACAGUGAGAACCAUAAACAGAGCUCACUGCGUAGAAAGAUAAUACUAAUUUUUCAAAACCACAGUGCACUGUCCUUCGAGAAACCUGCAUGCGUUCUCUUUGUCAAGGCCAGGCCCUGUGGAUCUCUGACCCGACUGAGCCUGGGGCACUCCCAGAGCGAGGUGCUUUACACAGAGCGGGACAGAAGGGCAUGUGCUCCCGUGGGCUUUCCGUUGACCCCUCAGAGGCACCUUGGGAGAAGGGCUGCAGACCCUCCAGAACUGGUUUAUGUCAGAGUUUCUUAGUUGGAAAGUUUCAUCUUAAAGAUCAGCACGAGGUUUUCUCAGGUAGUCCUGCAGCAUCGCUCGUCUGUAAGUAUGAAAUUGCUGCUCUGGAAAAGAGCCAAAGGAAUGCGCAGCUUUUUAAAUCCACAGUUGUGGCUUUGUGCUCACUCCACUGGGGUAAUGAGCCUGCGGUCGGCGCAGUGCAGGUCAGUUCUCCGCGCCUUUGUCCCGUGGUUCUCACGGUCACUGGGGCAGCAGAGGACAGGACUCAUAGCUGGCGGUCCGUCUUAGUUUUCUGCAACAUAGUGGUUUAUGGUUCUGCUGGUAGUGGAACUGUAUCAUAGUUGAAACGCUGCUGGACUUUUAAUUCCUAGGAAAAGUAAGGCACGUCACCUUCGAUAUUCCCUUGUUCCUAUCUCUACCCCUGAACAAAAUCCACUUGGAAUUUUAAAGAUAGAACCAGGCUUUUACACUGUAUUACUGCAGUGCUUCUGUUUAUGAUUGUAGACAGAAUUCUCCCAACUGUAUUGUGGGGACAGAGAUUCCAGCUUUUCUCAGCAGGCGUGGAGGCCCGUUGGCUCCAGCACAGAUCUGAGUUCAGGAAGGACUCGGGGCUGAUGUCGGAGGAGUUGCUGUCUGGAUUUCUCUGAACAAGACUGUUCUGGUGUCUCUGGUUCCUCCGUCACUGCUGCUGCCCCACGUGCCUUUGCACUGCAAGCAGGGUCACAACUGCUGCUCAUUCCCGCGUCUUCCGUGGCCCCUCCGAGUCCCCACUUUCUCUAAGUGGCCUCACCGCAGAAUGAAUAAAGCUGCCGUACUACCACUUUUUAUGUGAAACAAAUAAUAAUUUAUAAAUCACCUGUUUUUGUCCCCCUUGUGAACUCUCAUACGCUCCUGAUUCCUAUUAUCGGUCACAUUUCUGGGACCUCAAAUCAAAGACGGCUUCAGGAGAGGCCGGUGCUGCCACUCAGGGUAGCGGGCGGAAUCUUAGUACAUGGCCCCUGCUUCUCUUGGGAAGGAAACUGCUGUGUGAUUUAAAGAAACCGCUGUGUUCAUCUGAAGCUGCCUUUUCUGGUGAAUCUGUGUAGUGAACCCCCUCGUUUUCCAUUUGUGGAAAUUCUUUUUUUUUUUUUUUCCGUCAUUUGGCCAGUUCUCAUUCCUGCUGAUCUACACCCUGCUCAUGCAGGCUUCGUCCUCCGGGCUGGCCACACGUUUGGGAGACAGAAGCAUGUUUCAGAAAGCACAGAGAAGCCCACUCGCCUCGAUGUUGUUGACUGGGCUAAGAAGCCCCGAGCCGUGGUGGGGGUCACACAGCCCAUUCGCUCUCCUCCCCAUCCUCAUGCCUACAGAAGCCCCAAGCCGUGGUGGGGGUCACACGGCCCAUUCGCUCUCCUCCCCGUCCCCAUGCCUACAGAAGCCCCGAGCAGUGUGGGGGUCACACGGCCCAUUCGCUCUCCUCCCCGUCCCCGUGCCUACAGAAGCCCCGAGCCAUGGUGGGGGGUGGCGUCACACGGCCCAUUCGCUCUCCUCCCCACCCCCAUGCCUACAGGAGGAUAGUGCAUGCAGGUCUAGGGCUCUCUCUUCUCCAGCCAGACUUGAUCUCAGAAGCAUCCUUCAUGUGACACUGCAGAUAGCUCAGCUCCCCGUCCUGUCCCGGAGGCCCUUGGCCUGCCCCAGUGUGAGCACUGGCUUGAUUGAUGGGAGACCCUGCAGCCCACGCUUGUUCCAGGCGGUUGGGGGAAGGCAAGGAACAGCACCCCAACCGGAGUAAGAGAACACAAAGAAAUGGACGCGGCUGCUUUAAGUUCCUAGAUCACUGAGGAUUGGCUUAGUAUUCCCUUCUGAUUCCCUAGUUCCAACUGUCAUUUAGGAAUGGUUAUGUGGCAGUAGACUCAGAAUCUGACAGAGCAGCUAGAAAUCCUCUUGGGAGGGUGGCCAGGCCUUCCCUUUUCCGGCCGUCCGUUUUCCAUCCUGGGGCCGGGGCCUGUGCCCUGCGCCCCACAUCCUGCACCCCACCCCCUUUCCUUGUGCUGGGCUCACACUUGUUGCCGUUCUCCUCCUAUUCCACUUCUGAGAUGAUUGUUGUUAUUACUUCUUGUAGUUAAUUGAUUAUUUUCAGAAUCAAUGGACAGCUUCUCUGAAAAUAGCCUCCAUUCUUAGUUCCACGGAGGGAGGGAUGUGCGCUGUGCUUGUGGAUUGCUGCUGGGGCGACGGGUUUGAGGCCACGUCUGCAGCCAGCAGCAACGUCAGUUCCAGGAGGGCCUUGGUGUCUGCGGUGCUGGGAAGCGCCAUUGUGCUGCGUUGGUGUGACCCUGUGGCACCUGCUGCCAGGGGACCAUUCUUUUUGAGUCAUGUUUUCUUCAAAUUAAAUAUUGAGAGAUUCUAGUCACAUCCCACAGUUGCCAUUUGCUGUCUGAGUAGAAAAUAUGAAGAAUCACCUGAUUCGAAGCUAUGUGGUCAGCUUCACGUCCAUAGCUGCCUUGCUUUUCUUCCUUGCUGAGAGAUGGAAUGCCCUGUCUCACGCUUUUUCUGCCGUUAGGUCUCUGUCCGCUCUGAUACUGAGGUUCCAGGAGGGCUGCCUCGACCUCCUUUCCCUGUGGCCCACGACACCCCAUCCUCUGGCUUCUUUGCCAACAGUCGUGGUGUGCGCUUACAUCUGGUGCUGGGUUGCAGGCAGGAUGGGACUCACAGCUGUUCGUUGACUCUGGGAGGGCUCCCCUGGCUGAGGCUGUCUGCUGACAGGUGCUCUGCAGGUGAGUGUGAGCCUGCACUAAGGAAUGCUGAUUAGAGUCCAUUUCAGGCCCUGUUGGGCACACUGGGAGUGCGCAAGAACCGCAGAGCCUGAGAGACACAGUAGGAGGGUGGGAGACGCAGUAGGAGGGUGAGAGACGCAGUAGGAGGGUGAGAGACGCAGUAGGAGCGUGGGAGACGCAGUAGGAGGGUGGGAGACGCAGUAGGAGCGUGGGAGACGCAGUAGGAGGGUGGGAGAUGCAGUAGGAGGGUGAGAGACACAGUAGGAGGGGUCGGGAGAGCCACCUGCACCAAGGCCUCAGGACAGCGAAUGGCACAGUCAUGGGGAGGGUGACUGCCUGUGCAAGGCCGGAGGCCAUGGCCACCUGGGUCCAGUGAGGUCGGACGGAGCCCCCGGUGCUCAGCCUCCUGUGACCAGUGUUGGGGGGUAGCAGUAGCGGAUGGUGCAUCCCAAAUGUGGGCAAGAAGUUUGGAAAGAUUGGCAGAGCACCAGAGGCUUCAUAAAGAGUCAUUUAGGAAGAUGAGGUUCAGGGGAUGGUGGCGGGUGCGCAGGUGUGGGGACACACUGGCUGCAUGGUACCCGCUUCCUCCUCCCCGAGCCGUGCCCUCCAGCGCUGUGUCUCAGCCUCCCCUCCAGGAGCGCUCACUACCUCUCAGCUCUGGGCCCCUGUGGCCUCUGCUUUGCCAGCUGCCCAGCCGUGUUGACCACUUUCCACUCCAGUGCUAUCUCUGUCUUUAUUGUUCUUUUUGACCUCUAGGUGCACAUGCUGUCGUGCCCCAGUGUUCCAGCAUCGCUGGCUGGGAGAGGGAAGAGAAGGUGAAGGGUUUCCUUAGAACACUGACAUUGAAAUUGCAGCUGAAUCUUUAAAAAAAAUGUUUUGUGCUGGCUCACACCUGUAAUCCCAGUACUUUGGGGAGGCUGAGGUGGGAGGAUUGCUUGAGCCCAGGAGUUUGAUGCCAGCCUGGGCAACAUAGCGAGACCCUGUCUCUACAGAAAAAAAAAAAUUAGCCACGUCUGGUGGUAUGUGCCUGUAGUCCCAAGCUACUCAUGAGGCUGAGGCAGGAGGAUUGCUUGAGCCCACAAGGCCCAGGCUGCAGUGAGGCGUGACUGUGCCACUGCAUUCCAGCCUGGGCAACAGAGCAAGACCCUGUCUCAAAAUAAAUGAAGUGUACAAUUCAAUGGUUUUUCAAAAAAUUAAAAUACUUAAAAAAUUAUUUGGAACCACUUUGGCUGGUUUCAAAGGUUGUGUAUUAUCUUUCCUCCUGAAUAACAACGAGCAUUCAGGUCACUGUGGAGCUGCCUAAGCGAGAGUCUCAGUCUCGGGCUUUGUAGAGCAGAGCCCCUGUGUGUGUGGACGUGUGCUGCCCUCCUCGUCUCCUGCCCUCCGCCGCAUCCUCAUCAUGCACCUAAUCUGCUGCCUUCCAGGGAAGCCAAACAGCCACUACUGUUGGAGUUGAAAUUAAAAUGCAGUGGCUGGUUCCGGUCAUGGCUCCAGGCCUGGGUAGCUCCUUCGGGUGAGCUGCGUAGAGCUGAGCCUGGGUCUUUGGCUGUUUAGAUGCAUUUGUGGCUGUGUUCUGGGUGCUUCUUCGUUGAGAGUGGAGUUGUGGAGAAAUGGCUCCUUCGUCAGCUGUCUACACUGUGCUGAUUUCUUUUGUCCCUGCCUCACUGGGGGUGUGAGGCAUCCGGGCAGCAUUUUCGUUUACUGGACAAUCCCCGUAGUGUUGGCUUUGUUGCUCAGUGAGUAUUUGAAAUUAAUCAUUUGCUGCCCUGGGCAUGAAGAUCAAAUGAUAUCAUAGUAGAAAUUCGGAAUGAUUUAGGUAGAGGUGUUAUUGUAUUGCCCAUAUGGUUAACUUAAGGGAUUGCAGAAUUGGUUUGAGUAGAGGACAGGCCUUGUAUGGUAAAUUAGACCAGAAUCAGGGGCAUCUGGAAUUCCCUGAAAUUCCCUGGAGCGGGGAGAGGCAUUCUGGUGUGCCAGAGAUUCACAGAGGGAGAGAGUACGUUCAGACAGACGGUGCCAGGAGUGUAAAAUAAUUUAUUGUCUAAGGAAUUUCGAUUUUCAGUUAGUGGUAAGGAUAAUAGAAUCUUUAAUUUGGUGCAGAUUUUCAGAAGAUUCUGAAAAACAAAAAAAGCCCUUAAAAAUUAAGAGUUGUAGGGAUUGAAAUUUGCAGGGAGGUGGAUGACUUUAUUUUUGAGUGCAUUUUAAAUGAAAAUUGAUGGUUUUUUUAUGAGGUCAUGGGAACUUUUGCAUAAGGUGGAUAGACCAGUUGGCCACUUCAGGGGGCUGGCAGGGGAACCGCUGGUUGGUCAUACCCGCAUCUUGGUGCAGCUGCUUUGCUGCCGUGGGUACCCUGAGCCAGUGCUGCGUGACCUGGGCAGACUCCCUAUAAAGGCCAACUCGCAUUCUGCGGUGAUGCUGCCUCUGGAGUGAUGAGUGCACGCGGGCUGCAUGGCUGGACUCUACCAGCAUCUGCGCAAGCCACAGCAGGAAGCAGCUUUCCAUCACGGUUCUAGAACCCUCCUCUCUCACUCAUGCGUGUGCACACACACAGUCGGAACAGGUCCACAGGACAACAGGCCACAGCGAGAAGGCAGCUUUCCAUUGUGGUUCCAGAGCGCUCCUCCCUCGCUCACGUGUGUGCACUUACAAGGUCGGAACAGGUCCACAGAACGGUAUUACUGCGUGCUGAUUGCACUAAUAUUUUUUAUUGUUUUCUGUUCUGCUUUUCUGUUUCUCUUCCUUUUUGUCUCUUUGAAAACUGGCUAUGACACAUUGCAUUGAUUUUGCAACCCACACUUUGAAAAAUACUGGAAGAGAUGAUCGCUAAUGUCUCUUUCUUAAGAGUUUGUAGUUCUAAAAGUUGUAAUUGAGUAGCUGGGACUAUCGGUGUGCACCACUGCACCUGUGUAAUUAAGUAAUUUUUAAAAAUUUACAACUAUAUAGGCCGGGCACGGUGGCUCCCGCCUGUAAUCCCAGCACUUUGGGAGGCCGAGGUGGGUGGAUCACGAGGUCAGGAGAUCGAGACCAUGCUGGCUAACACGGUGAAACCCCUUCUCUACUAAAAAUACAAAAAAUUAGCUGGGUGUGGUGGUGGGCACCUGUAGUCCCAGCUACUCGGGAGGCUGAGGCAGGAGAAUGGCUUGAACCCGGGAGGCAGAGCUUGCAGUGAGCUGAGAUCGCGGCACUGCACUCCAGCCUGGGCGACAGAGCGAGACUCCGUCUCAAAAAAAAAAAAAAUUUACAACUAUAUAAAGUUUACACUGCAAAUAUUAAUAUUCUUUCUCUCAUAUUUUGAUAAAUCAAAAGAUAAUUGUUCUUGAAUUGGGAAGCUUUUAAAAAAAUCACAUUCAAUCUAAGAAAAAUGAUUAUAAAUGUGC